UGUGAGGACAGAGCAUCUUUCUCGCUCUCUCUUUCCCUCUCCCCCACUCCCCAUCUCCCCCUCCCUCUUUGAAUAUAACAGUAUCUCCAUGCUUUCACACACACCACUCAGUUCAGCGUUGCAGAGGGGAUGGACACAGAGUGCAGGAGCAUACCACCAAAUAGUAAAUCAGUGUGACUGAGACACAUAAUACAACUCCUUCCUAGUGACAGCGUCUAUGCAAAAUGGGUUGUGGCAAUUCCUCAGCCGCCAGCACCUCAGGAGGGGGACCUGCAGAAACCUCCAAAGAUUUGACAGAUGAGUCCUCACCAGACGAUGAGAAAAGAAGGAACUAUGGCGGGGUGUACGUAGGUCUACCAUCUGACAUGACCACCGUUGCAGGCAGCCAGUCCAAGUCCACAGACAAAAACUAACGGAUAUAGAAGGGAAUCAUUGACAUGCAUCACAGGACUGUAGCUACAAUAUUCAGAACAUACAGAGACAUUACAUUUCUACGUUGAGAGGAGGAUUACUGACUCAUCUUCACAUCCCUGCCUCCGUAAGAGUGAGACAGACAGAAAGACCCUGGGGAAUCAGGCAGAUAUGAGGUCAGCCUGCUUGGGUCCUAAGGAAACUGCCUCAGAAUGGCACCGAGUAGACCUUCAAUGGAUUCCUUUGUCUGAGGAUUCUUUGCCCUUUCUGACCCUCACAGGAAGCCGGGCAGCAGUAGAGAAGUUGGGUGGGUACGGGACGACUGCGGAUAUUGGGACCAACAUUAUGGAAUCCAGGGCAAUGUUCUGGACAAGCUCCUUGUGUUUAGGAAGAGAUGUGACACACAGCCCAGUCACACUGAGACACCUCCUCGACCGGCUCUGUAAACAUUUAAUCCAAGUGCUGGUGUAGAUAGAUGUUUUAUGUGGUGGGAGGGAUAGUGGACCCACACAGUGGCUCAAACACAAGCAGCGCUAUUCACUUUUAUGAUUUAUGGAGUAUUUUAGGUCACACAGUUUUCAUGUUUUGUUCCGUAUCAGAUACUGUAAAUAAUUUCUGAGAUUCAUGAAAACAACAUUCUAUAACCCAUUUGGAGAUUGUGUUGUGUUAUUUUCUAGUUGGUUGCUGCUAUUGCUUUUUAAACCACUUGCAUUUACUGUCUAAAUACAAAUGGACCUACUUGUAACUUUUGGUACCAAACGGUUGGGGGACCUCCUGUGGGUGUACUGGCUGGUACUGUAGCCUGACUGUACUGUAGCGAGCAUCUGUUGUGUGCGUCAUUCAUGUCUGAGGUUAUUAAGUGUUGUGUUGUCAUUUAACCUGUGAAUCAUGCUAACAUGACAUCGUCAGUCUGGGUGGGGCUAAAGAUACAUUGAGGAUACUACUCUUACGUUUCUUUACCCACAAAGGUCUGAACUGAUCUGAGAUCUGACGUCAUCAGAUUGUUAACAAUACAUGCAUUAUUACUCCAGGUUUCAGCAGCUGAUCUCAGUGUUCCACAUACAGUAGCUCUUGUUGGCCAUUUUAGCAGCUGCGUCACCAUCCAGAACUCGUUGUUUUUUACGAAGAGUUAAACUCUCCAACUGCAAUUUGUCUUUUCUAUUUCUAAAAUGAUUCCUUUUGAAAACUAAAUGUACACAUUUUAUUAUAACAUUUAAUUGGAAAGAUAAUCAGUCAAAAAUAAUCUGAACUACAUUGUUUAGCAAAGGUUUGCCUAAACAUAUAUUUGAAUCUAUAUGUCUCAUUAUGAACAACUGUAUCAGUGAAUGUAGUUGGAAACCAUAACACUGGCAGCAUAUUCACACGCCACAAUAUCUCCCCCCAGAGCAUGAAUUAGAAGUCUGAAGGGAAUAGAGAAUCCAUCCAAUGUCAUUCAUCUACAUGCAGUUCCUGUUCGUGAUUUAAUGAAUGUAUGAAUGUACAUACAGCAUCUUCACCACCACGACCACAGAGGAACAGGGAAGUGGGCCAUGCUAACACACUUGAGAUUCAAGAGAUGUUCUCUUCAAUACAUCAGUCCUAUUAUAUAUUCUCUACUCCACUCUACCUGGUUUGAGAUAAGAAUAUACAUAAUAUUUAUAUGGAAUAUAAAUGUAGAUUAUGAACGCUCCCUGGCAUUCAACCAUCUACUCGGUAAUCUGUGUCAGGCCGCUUAUGAAUGCGAUGUGUACCGAUUUAAAGAGCACCCCACAGUUUUUGCUCUGCCACUACACUACACUACACCACACCUUUUCAUUGAUGUCUACAUUUCCCUUCUGUUGAGGCUCCUCCAGUUUCACCAUCAGAAUCCUCUGGCCUUUGGCUUUCAGAGUGCAACACCUUUCCCACUGGGCAAACACUAGUUGAAUCAACGUUGUUGAAAUUAAUUGGUCGUCUGUGCCCAGUGGGCCUGCCUUUUCAUCUGUUCUCUGCUCUGGCCAACUCCUCCACACUUUUAACCUUUAUUUAACUAGGCAAGUCAGUUAAGAACAAAUUCUUAUUUUCAAUGACAGCCUAGGAGCAGUGGGUUAACUGCCUGUUCAGGGGCAGAACAACAGAUUUGUACCUUGUCAGCUCGGGGAUUUGAACUUGCAACCUUCCUGCUACUAGUCCAAUGCUCUAACCACUAUGCUACCCUUAUCAACGUAAUUAGAGCAGUAAAAAUAAAUGUUUUGUCAUACCCGUGGUAUACCACUGCUGUCAGCCAAUCAACAUUCAGGGCUCAAACCACCCAUUUUAUAUUAGCAUAUAGCUCAUGGAAGACUCACUGGUAUACUGUUCAUGGUGCUGCACAUGAUUACGACGACAGGGGAAUCGAUUACUUUGGAGUAAUUUGAGGCUAAAGCAGCUGUGCUGGAGGCUUCUUAUUCUGGAUUUAUCUCCUUGUGUAGAUGUGUCCAUAAUACAUUUGGGAAAAGAGAAAACACAUGAGAAAACCACUGUAGAUGAUCACUUGAGAACCAAUUGAUGACCUUUUAUGCUAUUUACUACUGUAUGAGAUACUGUUCCUAAUCAUUGGUGCUCCUAACUUGUUCCGGGUCACUUUGUGUAUACUCAGUACACCCUCAAACACAGUAAGAAGGACCACAGCUGCUUUAGAGAGUCAUUCUUGUUCAUAACCCGACAUGCCCUGUAUUACUUGUCUUAUCACUGAUCUAUUUAUGAUUAAAGUAUUUUCUAUUGUCUGCA